AUGGCGGAUUUUAGAUCCAGGUGUUGGAGUCUGAGAUCCGUAAUCGUACUUUUGAUCAAUUUCGCAGCUUUCGCUUUCGUUUCGGCUGAGAGGAGCUUCAAAGGAAAAUCUCUCUCACAAUCACAAACGCGGGAAAGUGAUGAUGAACCCAGUUUCUACCUCAGAGCUGUGAAUUUUCUCUGGGAAUCUAAUCAAACAGGUUAUCAUCAUAUCUGGCCCGAAUAUGAGUUUAAUUGGCAAAUCGUUAUCGGCACACUCGUUGGAUUCUUCGGUGCUGCUUUUGGUAGCGUAGGAGGUGUUGGUGGUGGUGGGAUCUUCGUGCCAAUGCUCAGUUUGAUUAUUGGGUUUGAUCCAAAAUCAGCCACAGCGAUGUCAAAAUGUAUGAUCAUGGGAGCUUCUGUGUCAACUGUGUAUUACAACCUAAGAUUGAGGCAUCCUACGCUUGAUAUGCCAAUCAUUGACUAUGAUCUCGCGCUCUUGAUCCAGCCCAUGCUUAUGCUCGGAAUCAGCGUUGGUGUUGCUUUCAAUGUGAUUUUCCCAGAUUGGAUGGUCACUGUUCUACUCAUCAUACUCUUUCUCGGUACAUCAACAAAGGCGUUUUUGAAAGGUUGUGAGACUUGGAAGAAGGAAACUAUAGAGAAAAAUGAAGCUGCUAAGCGUUUAGAGUCAAACGGUGUAUCUGGCACAGAAGUUAAGUACGUGCCUCUUCCCUCAGCUCCGAGCACCAAUAAUGGAAACAAGAAGAAAGAAGAAGUCAGUAUUAUUGAAAAUGUAUACUGGAAGGAACUAGGACUUCUCGUUUUCGUCUGGGUUGUUUUCUUGUCACUUCAGAUAUUUAAGCAAAACAUGGCUACUUGUUCAGUAGCAUAUUGGGUCAUAAACUUGUUACAGAUUCCUGUUGCAGUUGGUGUAUCAGGCUAUGAAGCAGUAGCUUUGUACCAAGGUAGAAGAAUCAUUGCUUCUAAGGGACAAGGAGACUCGAGUUUGACCAUUGGUCAGCUUCUUCUUUACUGUACAUUCGGCGUAUUAGCGGGCAUAGUCGGCGGUCUACUUGGUUUAGGCGGAGGUUUCAUCAUGGGCCCAUUGUUUCUGGAGCUCGGUGUCCCUCCACAGGUCUCAAGUGCAACAGCUACAUUUGCAAUGACUUUCUCUUCAUCCAUGUCUGUUGUAGAAUACUAUCUUCUCAAACGAUUCCCUGUUCCAUAUGCUCUGUACUUUGUGGGAGUGGCAACACUUGCUGCUUUGGUUGGGCAACAUGUAGUCAGAAGACUGAUUACAGUUCUUGGCCGAGCAUCUCUCAUCAUCUUCAUCCUCGCUUCCAUGAUCUUUAUCAGCGCGAUAUCGCUUGGUGGCGUGGGAAUAGUGAACAUGAUUGGCAAAUUCCAACGGCACGAGUACAUGGGUUUCGAAAACCUCUGCAAGUACAAUGGUUAA